CGACCACACCAGGCACCGUACUUGAGGCAUCCUCUUCGCAUUGUAUCCGGCUGAAAUCGGCAUGGAAAUGCUCACCAACAAAGCGGACGAUGUUCGACCACUUUCUGAUCAGCGCACAGCCAACAAGAAUCUGUUGAGCGAGUACACUUAUUAUCAUGGAAUGGUGCCACCACAAGAUGUUCCGGAACUCCUUGAGAAAGAUGGAGACUUUCUUUUGCGGAAAGAACAAGUCAAGAAAGGUCUGUUAAUAGCAGUAUUAUCGGUGCGUUGCGAUGAUGUUGUCAAACAUUUCAUUAUAAACAAAUCUGACAAAGGAGAAUAUUAUAUCGAAAAUUUAAGAGCCAAAACUAUCGAAGAUUUGGUACAAAGUCAUUUAAAAAGCGGUGAACCCCUAUCAAAAGCGUCACAAGCAAGAUUGAAACGAGCAGUGCCACGACAAGAAUGGAUGUUAAAUCAUGAAGACAUUAUAUUCAGAGAAUGCGUAGGCCAACGUAACCCCGAUUCUGUAGAAGAAUACGUGGGAGAGUUUGUGUACAAUAAUGUAACCCGUCCAGUGUUUUUGAAAACUGUAGGAAUUACAUGUAGCCGUAAUGUUCGUGCUCGAGUUAUGAAAGAAGCUCGUUUACUACGAUCCCUACGACAUCCGAAUGUUGGCGAAAUCUACGGUGUUGCUCUACAUUACAGCCCAAUUAUACUUGUACUAGAAUACUUCUCGAAAUCACUCCACACUCAUCUCAAACAAAACGCUGGACAGAUUUCUGAAGAAGAUAGACGUAGAUUUAUAACAGAAGCUGCUGCUGGAUUUGCAUACCUAGCUGAAAACGGUUGCAUACAUCGGGAUAUUUCAGCGAAAAUCUGCAAGUUGAGUGAUGCUUUGGAAGUGAAGAUCUCCGGUUUUUCUCUCUGCGAAAAUACCAAAGAAAUGCAUGAGUCGAACAAUAUUCAAAUUGCUGUAAAAUGGCAAGCUCCAGAGGUAUUAAAAGGCGGAAAUUUCAGUCUGAAAUCAGAUGUUUGGUCAUUUGGCAUAUUGAUGUGGGAAGUAUAUAAUGAUGGAGCAGAACCAUAUGCUGGAAUGACUCCAAGCGUUGUGAAAAGUAUGAUUUUAGAAGAUGACUAUAAAAUGCCAGUACCGCAGGCAAGCUUACAGCUCAAUGGAAAUCAAGAAAAAGCAUAA